AUGGUGCAUUGUUUGCCGCUUGUGUGUAUCUGUGUUGUUCUACUCGGGGGCGUAGGAACGCGUAAGCCAAACAGAGCACCUCUGGCGGUUCCUCGAGGCUUCAAAGGAAGUGCCGAGAUCUUGCGCGGUCCUCUGGCGCGUAAAAUAGCCCCAGCAGCUCUAUUGCAUAUACCGAACCUCUUCUCCUAUCUAGACCGUGUAAGGACUAGGAACGAAUUAAACAAUCGGCUAAGUGAGGUACAAUUAUAUGUGAUUACUGACGAACAUGGAAGACCUUUAGUUUCCCAUUAUCCUAGCGAUGCGCUUUCCCAGGAUACAGAAGUGACAACGCAAGAGUCUGCAGGACGACCACCUAAAACGAUUCCUGAAACAUCACAGAUACCUCAUGCGUUUGUUCAAUUGUUUCGUGAAGGCGGGAAUAGCGUUGAAAGCGAGAGUAGCCAGCACGAUAUAAAUCAUAUUAAACAAGGCAUGCCAAAAGUGGUAUUGUAUUUCAUGGACCCAAAUGCCUGCGCCGCGCAGAUACACGAGCUCAGACGACAGGGAAUCAACGUAGGCGCACAAAUAGUGACACUAAGUGACUACCUGAAAGACUCUCAGGAAGCGAAGCGGCAUUAUGAUCCAAUUUUGUUGCCUAUUCCAGAGGCACUCACUAGGGCAACACUCAAUGGCAAAUCGACAUUUCGAGGUACACCGAUAUUCACUACAGAUCCACCCAUUGUGAUCACGAAUUCAGAAGACGGAACGAAUGAGUACAAUCCUGAAACGGAUAAACUAGCUAUAUUUUUCUCGCCAGAGCAAGCCGAAGAGGUAUAUCGCAGUGCUUGGUGGAGCGGUCGAGCCAAAUCGGAGGUCGGUGGUAGGAAAACACACUACAAGCUGCUUCCUGGGACGCGGGCGUGGUACCCUAAAGUAUUGGUGACAAGCCUUGAAGACCUGUGCAAUCGUAUAGAGACAAACGAAGCAUACUGGGCGGUACUCAUUCGUCUGGUUCCUCCAAGCGUCGAACUCGACCACGAGGCGCAUCUGAUGCUUAGAAACGAAAAGGAAACAGGCAAAUCGUUGUGGAAAUCUCUUCACAAAUUUGUCACAAAACUAUUAUAA